GGCAGCGCAAGGCAACGGUUCAUAAGUAUAAAGUUACUGUAUGAUAGGAACCGACGAAUAACCGCAUUUUACAAUGGCGACGAGGAUCAAAAUAGAUGCGACUGCAAUGCCACCUUUCAAGGUGGGCACAGAUCCAAGAAAUGAUUGGAUCAAGUGGAAGAGGGCACUGGAACGGUUUUUGCAAGCGAACAAAAUCGAGGAUGAUGAAGAAAAGUGUAAUUUGCUGCUAGUGCUGGGCGGUAUCGAUCUCCAAACAUAUUACGACAAAGUAGCGAAAUGGGAGGUGCACAAAACAGUGGAGGAGGGUGAAGAAAUAGUGGUUCUCCAGUAUGAGUCAGCUAUUUUAUCACUUGAUGAAUACUUUGCACCCCAGUUGAGGAGGAGAUUCGAACGACAUCUUCUGAGGUCAAUGCGACAGAACGACCAAGAGCCAUUUGAAGAGUAUGUAUUCCGACUACGAGAACAGGCAAAUCGUUGUUCAUUCAUUGAUUGCGACGAUAUGAUCGUAGAUCAAAUUAUCGAAGGAUGUAGAUCAGCUGAUCUGAGAAGGAAGUUAUUGACGGAUGAUUUGACGUUGCUGGAAGUAAUUAAUUUGGGAAAAACGUUAGAAGAGGUCCAGAAACAGACGAGAGAAUACGACAGACCCUCAUCUUCGUUUGACAACGGCUCUUUGGUUCAGAAAGUGGUAGGAAAGACCGUGUCCAGUACUCGAUCAUGGGAAGGCUCAAGAAAAUGCUAUAAUUGCAAUAGACCGGGUCAUCUUGCAAGGGAAACAGACAAAUGUCCGGCGAGGAAUUCGGAAUGCUAUGGAUGUCGAACGAAAGGCCAUUUUAAAAUUUGCUGCCGGAAGAGGAAGCACAGCGAAGCAACAAACAGUAUCAAAUACUCCGGAGCUAAGCAAAUUCGCGCAAUUCUGAAUGAUGAAACAGAAACACAGAAAGGAGUUUUCUUCGUAAAAGUCUCCGAAGAUCUGAAUGAGAUUCUUGAGCUGGAUAUUGGUGGAAUAAUUACCAAGAUCGUCAUUGACUCUGGAUCCCCAGCAAAUAUCAUCGACAGCAAGACGUUCAACAGAUUGAAAAACGAAGGAGCCCAGAUCCUGAAUGAAAGAAAACCUGAAAGCGGAGAAAUGAAAUUCAAAGCGUUCGCAUCCAACCGGGACAUUUACUUCAGUACAGUGUUUGAAACGGAGGUGAAAAUUCCUGGUGAAGAAAUUGGAAUCUGGUCUCAUUUCUUGGUUUCCCCUGAAGGGCAAGUUAGUUUGCUCAGCAAAGGUACUGCGUUUGCUCUGGGAAUAUUGAAAAUCGGAUACCACGUGAACCAGAUCUCAGCAGCAGGAACGGCCACUAAAGACAACAAAAAGGAAUUUCCGAAAAUCAAAGAUGUUCGUUUGUCAAUCCAAGUUGACGAAACGGUAACACCAGUCGUACAACCAGUUCGGAGAUUUCCCAUGUCCAUGGAAGCGGACGUGGAGAGAACCAUUCAAGAACUUUUGGAAAAGAGAAUCAUCGAACGAGCGGAAACUCCUACAACAUGGGUAUCACCAUUAGUCCCAAUAAAGAAAGCAGAUGGCAGAAUCAGAUUGUGUGUGGACAUGCGAGCGGCCAAUAUUGCAGUGAAGCGGAAAACUAUCCAAUGCCAAACAUCGAUGAUGCAAUGUCACGAAUAA